AUGAUGGCCUACGGGGGCACCGCUGGUAACGGGGGCGCGAUGGGCCCGUCGUCCGGUAGCGGCGGCGGCGGCGGAGGCGGCGGCGGUGGCGGCGGCAGCGGCAGCGGUGGCGGCGCGGACGUCCUGGGUACCGCCGCCGGCGACUACAGCCCUCAGAGCACGCCCACGCCCUUGACCGGGCACUCGACGACGGGCGGCACGGUGGAGAACGCUUACACGCCCGGCGCGACCGGGGCGGCCAGCUACAGCCCGCAGGACAGCCCGGCGAGCUCCGCCGGGGGCAGCGGUAACGGCCAGCUGCCGAGUUUCGGCUUCACGCAGGAGCAAGUCGCGUGUGUCUGCGAGGCGAUGGUGUCGAAUGUCCAGGUUCUCCAGCAGGCAGGCUCCGUGGAGAGGCUCAGCCGAUUUCUAUGGUCUCUGCCGGCGUGCACCAGGUUGCACCGGCACGAGAGCGUGCUCAAGGCCAAGGCGAUCGUCGCCUUCCAUCGGGGCCAAUUCAAGGAGCUCUACAGGAUCCUGGAGAGCCACACCUUCAGCCCGAACAAUCAUCCGAAGCUGCAGGCUCUCUGGCUCAAGGCCCAUUACAUCGAGGCCGAGAGGCUGCGCGGAAGGCCCCUCGGCGCAGUUGGAAAGUAUCGAGUGCGCCGUAAGUUUCCGCUGCCGCGCACGAUCUGGGACGGCGAGGAGACGUCUUACUGCUUCAAGGAGAAGUCCAGGAGCGUCCUGAGGGAUUGGUACGCCACCAAUCCGUAUCCGUCGCCGCGCGAGAAGCGAGAAUUGGCGGAGAGCACCGGCCUUACCACCACGCAAGUCAGUAAUUGGUUCAAAAACAGGAGACAGAGAGAUCGUGCCGCCGAGCAUAG